UACGCACAUCACUUUCUCUCUGUGCAUUUUGUUUGCGAUCUCCCUCCGGUAUCCACGCCCUCUUAUGUUAUCUUUUCAGCUGGAUUCUCUCUUCAACUCUCUUCCUCCACUUCUCACUUAAUUUUUCAUUUUCCUCCACAAUUUUCUUUUCCAAUUAAUCCAAAUACCAAAUCAAUCUCAAGUCAACACAAAUUCACUCUUCCAUUCCAAUUGACUCGAUUUUUCUUCUGUGUUAGGAGCGUCGAAGGGCUGAAUCUCAUCGAAUUGGGUAUUCAAAUGGUUGAUUGCCGAAGUUUGAUUGAGUUUUGUAGGGCAUAUGAGCAGCAUAAAAACAUUAUCAAAUUCAAUUCCCACAUCAACAAAAAAAACUCAUAUAAUAAUCAGAAAAAUUCAUUUUGCUGUGAUCACUCACCUUUUGCUGUAUCACUUGAUGCAUUUAUAUUACUCUUAGUACUCGGAUCACUAGGGUUUCUAUUAAUCCCUUAUUUCAAAUUAAUUUUCACCCAAAUUUCCCCGAUUAUAGUUGAAGUUUUGAUCGAGUUGAUCAACAAUUCUCCUGUAGCGUAUUUCGUCGGAUUGUUCGUGGCGUUGAUCGGAGUAAUAAUUUUAAUUGUAAUUUGGGAAAUUAUUGAUUUGAGAUCGAGGAAGUGUGAGAAUCCGAAUUGCCAGGGUUUAAGGAGAGCAGUUGAAUUUGAUAUACAGUUAGAAUCUGAGGACUGCAUAAAGUGUUUGCCAUCGGAUCGGGAUUUGAAUUCGAGCUCGUUUUAUGAUUAUGGAGUGAAGCCGUUGGAGUUAGGGGAAGAACGAAAAGAGUUGGAGGCAGAGUUGAAGAGGAUGGCGCCGCGUAAUGGACGGACUGUGCUUAUUUUCAGAGCUCCGUGUGGAUGUCCUGCAGGUAGAUUGGAAGUUUGGGGGAAUAAGAAAAUUCGUAGAAUUAAGAAUAAAUGAAUUUUUUUUGUAGUUUGUUGAAAUUCUAUGAAUUAUAUGAAUAAAGUAGGAGAUACUGAAUAGUUUGGACAUUUUCUAUUGACUCUUAUGGAAUAAGUAAUGAUCAUUGGUGAUUAUGCUCUAGCAAUAAUAUCUGUGAUUAUGGAUC